GGCUUUGAGCGGUAAUGGCGGUGAACUGGGCCGAGAGGAUCGCUGCUUUCUCCCGCAGUCCGAGUCGCUUCCUCUCCGGGACCACGGCCGAGGCUCUCCUGGCAGAGCUGCUCCGUGAGCUCCGAGAUGACAGAGCCAGUUACAGUGUCAAGGUCCUCCUGUUGUCUCCGCUAUGUGAGUACCCGACUCUGCUGUGUCCCGCAGACCCGGUGGGUGAGGAGACAGCCCUGGAGCUCGUGUCAGUGUUCGCCCAGUGUCCUCCCAAGUCUGUCCAGUUUCGUUGUCACCUCCUCCUGGCCCUCACCUCCGUGCUAGUCUGCACCUCCUGCGUGAGCAGCCGUUCCCGUGCAUCUCAAGACUUCCUGGACCUGCUCCUCCAGAUAGCCCAGGACACCAGUGACCUACACGCUGACGGCGCCGUUCGUCCUUUACGGGCCACGGCUUGCGACUGCCUGCGGGAGCUGGAGGCCUGCUCUCCAGGCCUUCUCUCCCAGCGCCUGGAGCUCUUAGGUGGGCUCUGGCAGCGAGAAACCUCCCGGCUCCACCAGGCCUAUGCAGGACUCCAUACUCUGGUGUUAAGAAACGCCGUGUAUCAGCUCACCCAGGAAACAGGAGCUGGUGCUGAGCAUCUUAAGGCUCUCCUGGGAGGAAAUACAUCAGUUGCAUGGGAAGCAGAGCAGGACUCAGGCCUGCUGAAUAACAAAGACUCAGCCAUACUGUCUUCUCUUGUCCUGGGACCUAUGGGUACAGUGCCGAGCCUCCAGACCGGGCCUGAUUGUAAGGAGUUGCGCUCAGUCCUGUCCUCCCUCCUGGAGGAGUCCUACCUUCUCACACCUCUGUGUCAGGCUGCACUGCUACACAGACUGACGGAGGUGGUUGCCAUGGUGCCUGGUGUCCCUCCAGCCGUAUUCAGAGCUCAGCUGCUGCGACUGCUGGGCACGAGCGAGGUUUGCCUCCUUCACGCCACUCUGCUGAUGAAGUGUGCGUUCACAGACAGCCUGUUCAGCGCGGAAGACGAAGCUUUCAUCCUCAAGCGGCUGGUCGUGCUCUCCCAGCACCCACUGCUGAGUACACCCGAGAAGCUUUUCUACAUGGCCUGUAUCCUGCACUUUCCCGAGAACCGGCCAAUCAGCUGCGGCGAUGGUGACGAGACCCUCCCUGUGCUGCUGACUCCACGGCUAGCCUCGGCUUUGGUGCCCACUGUGUUCAACGACAGCACCACCAUGCUGGCCCGCCUCAACCUGCUGUCUCUGGUCUACCUGGAGGAGGGGGAGGAGGGGGAGGGGGAGGGGCAGGGGCUGGCCUACCUCUAUGAACACCUCACCUCGCUGCUACACAUUGUGGAAAACGGAGGCAGCCGAGAGAUUGUUGUUACAUGCUUCAGAUCCGCCUUCCUCUUCCUUUUCUAUUUCUGCCACGUGGAGCGCUACUCUGACAGCCUGAUGGAGAAGCUGUGUAAGCUCUACCUCCGCCACACCCACCUGGCUCCACACCUCAUCAACCUGGCCGACCAGACCCAGGACAAGCUCGCUGAGUCCAGCUGGGCUGUAGGGCUCCUGAAGGCCCUCCAGGGAGUCAUCACCGAGGCCCCACUCGCCCAGCUCACCUUACAAGACCUCCGCUGGCACCUCAAGAUGCUGGCUCGAGUGGCGGAGGAAGGAGAAAUCGCCCAGCACAGCAGCCUCAGCUUCCUGUCCAGCGUCAUCACUCCGUCUUCCUCCUCUCUGUGCUUGAGUGGCGACUGGCGUCUGGGGAACGGCCUGCUGGGGGUUUGCCGCCGCUUCCUCGUCCACCCCAGCCUGGACUCGCUGCUCAUCCCUCUGGCUGACGUGCUGCAGCAUCUCACCUGCCGCUACGGAGACACAGACAUCCAGGACCACGCCCGCCUCUACUACACCCUCCUGACCACGCUGUCCCGAGAGAAGCUGGCCGGUGUGUUGGCGCAGGGUUCAACCGAGGGAGGGCGGCAGGUCAAGAAGCGGUCGCUGUCCUGCAUCGUGGCUGAGAGCGAGGGGCUGACGAGCAUGCUAACCAUUCACCAGACGGACAAAGCGAUAUUCAGGCUGACUGAGGCCCACUCUGAGCCACGAGAAGAAACACAAACUGAUAAAGACAGUGACCUAAACCAGAAUGAGACGGAGACCUGCCCAGGAGAGGCGAAAGCAGCCCUGAAAGCCUACCGAGCUCAGUUUGACGACACUAGCUUUGCCUCAGAAAUCACCUUAAACUACCAGCUGACUCAUAUUGAAGCUGAGGACUCCCGCUUUCAUCAGCUCUUCAGCAUCCACCUCCACUUCAGCCUCACAGACGACCACUAUGAAGAACUGAGUGACAUCAGUGUCCCGUGUCUGUUCAGAGAGAGGCCGUCGGCCAAGGUGAGGCUGAGACUGAAGCCCAGGCGGCCCUACCCCACCACCCUCCGUGCCAGCGCCGUCUUCACCACCCAGGACGGACUCUCCUGGCUCACCGUCCUCCCAGACAUCCACGUGGCUUUCCAGCAGGCCUUCAUGCCUCCGCCUGCUCCCCCGGCCUGGGGACGAGGUGGCAGACUGAGCUUGUUCGAGGGUUUAUGGGAUGAAAUCAGCUCUGAGAGCAGAGAGAAGGACCAGGCCACCAGCCUGUUCUGCUGCCAGCUGAAGGAAGCAGCUCUGAUUGCCUUGGUGGAGAAACACUUCCUCCCCUACCUUAUAUCAGAUCUGUCUGAUAAAGAAGAGUUCAAAGUGCUUUUCUUCCUCCCACCACGGCUUCACAUGCUGCUGAAGAUCAGGUCGGAGGAAGACACCGUGCACUUCAACAUCGCCACGGAUUCCUGGCUGCUUCUGCCUCACAUAAGUUCUUAUCUACUGACAAUCACGUCCUCACAGAAAGACACUCACAACUGAUUGUGACGCACCUUUCUGGCUUGUUUUUCUUCUUUUUUUUUUUUUAAAUCUGACUUUUAACAAAAAUAAAUCACCCAAUUUUUGUCAGCACUUUAUUGUACUUAAAAUUUAAUUGCUGCAGACAGUUUAUUUAAAAUAAAAUUAUUGCUCUUUAAUUUUCUUGACCUGGAAUUAAACAAAUGUGUAAAAUUAAA